AGGUGCAAUGUUCAGCAUAUUUGAGGAAAUCACAAGAAUUGUAGUUAAGGAGAUGGAUGCUGGAGGGGAUAUGAUUGCUGUUAGAAGCCUCAUUGAUGCUGAUAGAUUCCACUGCUUCCAUCUGGUGGAGGAGAAGAGAACUGUCUUUGGAUGCCGGCACUACAAUGGCCUCACCCUGAUGGACAUUCUGGACACAGAUGGGGACAAGCGGUUAGAUGAACUGGAUUCUGGGCUCCAAGGUCAAAAGGCUGAGUUUCAAAUUCUGGAUAAUGUAGACUCAAAGGGAAAGUUGAUAGUGAAAUUGCCCCAAAAAAUAACAAUUUCAGGCAGCUUCUAGGGCUCCCACGAUCAGAAAAUCGAGAUAUCUGAGAACUGGAUAUCCCAGCAGUAUCUGGAUACCCUUGAGAACAGGAAGCUGAAGAGGGAACUACCCUUUUCAUUCCGAUCAAUUAAUAGGAGAGAAAACCUGUAUCUGGUGACAGAAACUCUGGAGAUGGUAAAGAAAGAAACCCUGAAAAGCGACCGGCAAUAUAAAUUUGGAAACGAGAUUUUUCAGAGUCAUCUCAGCUAUGAACACAAGGGCCAAAGGGAAGUGACCAUCCUCCCAAAUCGGGUCCUGAGCUAUCGAGUAAAGCAGCUUGUCUUCCCCAACAAAGGAGACGAUGAAUAAGCAAAGAAGGAUGGUGCUUCAUCCUGUUUAGGAAAGUCUUUGGGUUCAGAGGAUUCCAGAAACAUGAAGGAGAAGUUGGAGAACAUGGAAAGUGUCCUCCAGGAACUGACAGAGGACAAGAGGAAAGAUGUGCUAAACUUCCUCACUAAGUGCCUCGGCAGGGAGGAGCUUUGGCAGGAUCUAGAGCAAAAAAUAUCUGAGGUCCUGAUUUUCGGGGAGCUGCAGAUGGAGGACCCAGUCAAUCCUCUCCUAAGCAGCCUUUUUAAUGCUGCUGGGAUCUUGGUAGGAGCACGCGCAGAGGCCAUUCUGGACUUCCUGGAUGCCUUGCUAGAGCUGUCUGAGGAGCAGCAUCUUGUGGCUGAGGCCCUGGAGAAGGGGACUCUUCCUCUGUUGAAGGACCAGGUGAAACCUAUCAUGGAGCAGAACUGGGAUGAGCUGGCCAGCAGUCCUCAUGACAUGGACUGUGACCCUGAGGCACGAAUUCCCUGUGCGCUGUAUGUUGUUGUCUCUGUCCUGCUGGAGCUGGCUGAGGGGACUACCUCCGUCUCUUCCUAACCACAAAAACCCUUUCUCCCCACAAGCCUCUGGGUUCUCCCUUCACCGGUCUGUCCUCACCGCCAUCAUCACUACCAUCCUGUUACCAGUGGGACCUCUUUAAAACAAGCAGCCAACCAUUCUUUGAUGUAUCCCAUUCACUCCGUGUUAAUGUCCAAAAUCAGCCUGGAUUUUAUGCUUCUAAUUAAAAGUGGCAGGUUGUGCAUGUUAA